CUGGAGGGACCGUGACAAUGUGGAGCGAGCCUGGGAUCUAAAGCACUGGAGAACAUCAGCAGGUCCCCAGCACAGGAAUCGAAGGGGGACACUUCUGGACCAACCAGGUGCAGAAGAGGAGCUUUGCAGCAGCAGCCCAGAGGCGGAUUGACAGAGAGGAUGUGGCUCGUAAAGUGUAUUCGGAGGAAACUAAUGUUGGAAGGGGCUGCGGACGUCAUCUAGCAUCUACAGGACAAAGACGAGAAAGAGGAACAUUUUCUGUAAAAUGUAACAUUGACAACUUGAUUUCGAUUUGGCAUUUGAAAACAUCUUUCUCAUUGUUCAAGCUUCUGCUCCAGAUACAGACAUUUUGACUGCUUGGAUUUCAAACCUUUACAGAGUAGAGAUCAACUGCUCACCACCGGUUUACCAGCGCAACCAGACCUUGAUCUUUAGCCUCGUCUGAAGAAGAGAGCGGUCAUCUCCACUGCAUCUCACUGAUGACACAACCAUGGAGGCCCGGCACAAGUGUAAAGACGUGGAUUACGACCUGGUAGACGUGAUGCAUCCUGCCAGGCUGCCGGUCCUGAUGAGGUGUCUGAGCCAUGUGGUCCUCUGACAGCAUGGAGCCAGAGACAGCACACACCCAGAGCACCUUCAUCACCAAGGUGGACGUGCCCGACCAUGUUCACUACAUCGUGGCUGUGUUCGUCUUCGUCAUCGGGACGCUGGGCAUCACCGGCAAUGCCCUGGUUAUGUUCGCCUUCUAUAGUAACAAGAAGCUUCGUAACCUGCCCAACUACUUCAUCAUGAACUUGGCGGUCAGCGACUUCCUCAUGGCCUUCACACAGUCGCCCAUCUUCUUCAUCAACUGUAUCUACAAGGAAUGGGUGUUCGGAGAGAUGGGCUGUAAGUUGUACGCAUUCUGUGGCGCCCUGUUCGGCAUUGCCUCCAUGAUCAACCUACUGGCCAUCUCCAUCGACCGCUACGUGGUCAUCACCAAGCCCCUGCAGGCGAUCCACUGGAGCUCCAAGAGGAGAACUGCAUUGGCAAUCCUCAUGGUCUGGCUCUACUCUCUGGCCUGGAGUCUGGCCCCCCUCGUUGGCUGGAGCUCUUAUAUCCCAGAGGGCCUGAUGACGUCUUGCACGUGGGAUUACGUCACAUACACAAUGGCCAACAGGAGCUACACGAUGAUGCUUUGCUGUUUUGUUUUCUUUAUUCCCCUGGGAAUCAUCUUUUAUUGCUAUCUCCUCAUGUUUCUGGCCAUAAGGAAGACCGGCAGGGAGGUAGAGCGUCUGGGGACUCAGGUGAGGAAAUCCACCCUCAUCCAGCACAAGUCCAUCAAAACCGAGUGGAAGUUGGCGAAGAUUGCCUUCGUGGUCAUUGUGGUGUAUGUCCUCUCCUGGUCACCAUAUGCCUGCGUCACACUGAUUUCCUGGGCAGGGCACGCCAACAUCUUGUCGCCUUACUCAAAGGCCGUCCCUGCAAUCAUAGCAAAAGCCUCGGCGAUCUACAAUCCCUUCAUCUAUGCGAUCAUACAUAACAAAUACAGGAUGACUCUAGCAGAGAAGUUCCCCUGCCUCUGGUUUCUCCAUCCCACUCCUCGGAAGGACUGCUCCUCCAUCAGCGAGUCGUCUUACAGGGACUCCAUCAUCAGCCGACAGUCCACAGCAUCAAGGACACACUUCAUUUCAGCGACCUCCAAUGCCACAGACAUGGUGUUGAGGGAUGUAGAGAUGGAGCCUUUGGGCAGGAGGUCAGGUGAUUCCUUCCGAAGCAUGUCGUCACACGGUCACUCUCGCCGAGGGAGGUCCUAUAAGAAACAAUUGGAGCGGAAAGGAACAAAGACCUAUCCACUGCAGAAGUGUCCGUCCACCAUGAAUGAUCCAUCGAGCUCUUGUGAACAUGAACUGGUUUCCAGCUCUCUUACCAUCGCCACUGUCCCCCUGCUAGUUCUUACCAGGAUGCGCAGCCAGAGUCUGAACAAUGAUAUUUCAAACGCUGGGGAGGAGAAACGCAGCAUCGGCAGUCAGCUCAACAGCCUGAAGAGCGACUCUUUCGACUCCCUCAAUUUCAGAACGAUCCCGUCCAGCGAUGCCCGGUCGCCUCAGGGCAUCCCGCGCAUUAUCGUCAUCAGUCCCACGUCGGAGAGCAGCCUCAUCAAACAGGACAGCGUGUGCAUGGAGGACAGCAUUGAGGCGAUGGAGAACCACACUUUUGUUAGUCUGAACUUCUCGUCUGAGGUGUUCGAGGCCGUGCAGCUGCUCUCGUGAUGAGCCGGACUUCAAUACCGACCCAUGUGAUCCUCUCCGUUAAAAGCUACAGGACUUCUGACCACGGAUCUCACUCACACAUCACUCCUCUCUACACACUCGUCUUUAUCCACUGAAAUGAAUCCGACAACUGUGUUGGACUCUUUCUGUCAAUCGAAGCUAUGCUGCCCUGUUCCUUCGAGAGCCGGAGCUCAGAGGACGAGCGGGGGAAACGAUGUGACCUUGAUGCUGGUGUGCAGAGUGCACUGUCUGUCAGACUUGGCAGGGACACGGGCGCCCUGAGGGGGCCGCACGGGUUGCAGCAGAGUUUUCCUAGAUCCCACAAAUAUGACAAGUGCAACAUGUUUUCAUGAGCCCGGGGCCUAAGCCUGACAGGAUGGGUUUUUAGUUUGGCUAUUCACACUGAGGUGGAAUUUUGAAUUUUUGUUUAAAGCUUUGAGCUGAAAUAUUUAUGAUUUCAUUCAUUUAGGUCCACAAAAUGUGAUGUCCUGAUCAGUCCAGUUCAGGGUAAUAGGGGUAAACGGUUCCGUAGCUAGGACCACACCAUUAACAACGCAAUGAUGGGAUGGAUGAAACACUGCAGGGGAUUCAUAAAGGGAUACUCUCUAGACAACUUCAUCUGCGUAGAUGUUUUUUGCUCCUUUUGAUAAAAAAAGAAAAGGAUACAGCGACUCUGAUUAAGAAAGCAAAGCAAUGCCUUUGGGUCGUGAGGAUGUACUUGAAGUAUUUAUAUUCAGUUCUUGUUUCCUGGUCGUGGCACCCUCAGCCUGUGUGGACCUCUCCAGCUUUCCAUUGGCAGCGGGACAGGAGCGUAAUGAAAAACGGAGACGGUUGAUACUGAUCAAAAUUCUGACGUGGGGUCAUAUGUGACUCAUAAACCCAGGAACUUUUUACUUUUUCUUUGUGGUGACUUUUAAUAUGUCUGUGCUUCAUAAUAAAUACUCAACUGCUCCCUCGAACUUUUCCUAUUUAGGUCAACCAAAGAUUAAAUUGGAGUUUAUUUAGUUUGUUUACUUGUCUUAUUGUAUUAUUAUUAGACAGAAAAUAAUCUCUCGAGCCAAUGAACGACAGCUGCUUUUGUUUCUCAUUGGCUACAUUUCCUUUUCCUAAGUCUUGCAAUCCUUCUAGUCCGGCUCUUCGGCAGCAUCCAUUCGCAUUUACUGCAAAUACAAAAGGACCAAUGUGGCAUCAUGCCUUGAUCCACAAAACUGAAUGUGAACAACAAUUUGAAUCAAGUCCUAUGUGACGUCUGUAUCAUCUGCGUUUUAACAUUUGAUACCCGUGCAUAUGUUGGUUUUAUGACUACGAACAUUAUGCCAUUAGAAAAAUUGUGGAGAAGUUAGUCAAUGUGUCAUCUGGAUCCAACUCUUGAGACAGAUCCUUCAAUCACAUGCGAUUAUCCUGUUGUACUGUAAUAAAUCCAAGAAGCAGGGACGUGUUACCUUUAACCCCCGGCUCGUCCAAACUCUGCACUUGACUGACCCCUAUAGGACAAUUUUACAAAACUCUGGAUUAUGUUCAAUGACAAUGACUCAAGCAAACAGGAAAAGGAAUUACAUUAUGGGUAAAGGGAAAGAAAGACUGUGGUUAUUGCAAAUAAAAUGUAAGGGUUAAGGUGACAUGAGGCUUUGGUCAAACAAGGUGACUAAAGACGACAAAAACGUAUGAAUUCGAAUAAAUUGUUAAUGCAUAGCCUCCAAUUUACUUACUGUACAUCUAUUGUUUUCAGUCUGCAGCGGAUGAAUCAUCAGAGGAUAAAAACAAUGAUUCAUACUCAUGAAACUAAAUACUUUAUUUUGAUAUGUCCCCGUUUUAUAUAUCUUUGUUCUGUUGCUGAGUUCAAUAUUUGUACAAAGUGUCUGAAGAUGAAUGUACAAUGAAUGAGUGAUUAGCGAAUGACUGACGAGUUAGUGCAGCUAAAUGUGGACUGUGACUGAAAGCUGGACCAGAGGAGGGGAUUGGCUCACUGAAGGUCACAUGGAUAUGAUUAAUUUUUAUAUCACGAGUGCUGUGUAUUAUGUUUUUAUUGAUCUUAACAUGUUUUAUCAUUACUUUUGUGAUUAUUUAAAAAAAAGACAUGGAGACGGGGAAGUACUGCAGCCUGUGAAAUAAUUAAACACACAUCCUCUUUACUCUAUUUCAAUGGUGCUGGAUUGAUUUAAAAACAUCAUAUUUAAUAGUAAUGACUGAGUCUGACUAUCCUGACCAACAUCCCAGAGAGUGACAUCAUGAACAAUCUGCAGACUUCAUCAAAAUACAGCAGAUCAUUGACACCUGAACCAAUAAAAGUAUAUCUCUUCUUCACAGCCUUGUGGAGAAACCUGUUCCCUUGUAGAAUAAAUAAAUUCAGCAUUAUACUGUAUUUUUAAAAAUGAUUACUGCCUUCACUAAGGCCCACUUCCUGAGUUGAGAUAAGUCCUCUCCACUCGCCUCUCUUAUGGACCUGAUCAUAGGAUUUGUAUCUAUCCACACAAAUGUUUAUUUAUUGAAUUGUGCUUUGUGUUAUAUGUUUAUUCAUGCCACACCAAGGUUUGUUCAACACACUGCAUUUUUACCCCUGGAUGCUGUUUGCCGUUGUCGUUUCAUGUACUGCUUUCAUUUCCUGUGUACCCCCCCGCAAUCACUUCACAGAUCCUGCUGGCACAAUAAAGUUUUUGGAUUCAUUUUCGGCGUUGUACAAUUGUGGGUGAAA